AAAAUCUGAUUAGGGUUCCGUCUGCGGCGAGGGCUUCCGAAGAGAUCUAGGGCUUCUUCUCCUCCCCGCCUCCUUCGAGCUCCUCAGCGAUGGCGCCAACCAAGAAGACGAAGAAGACGAAUGAGAGCAUAAACAACAGGCUUGCGCUUGUGAUGAAGAGUGGGAAGUAUACUCUUGGUUACAAGACUGUUCUCAGGACUAUCAGGAACUCUAAAGCAAAGUUGAUUCUCAUUGCAAACAACUGCCCACCUCUGCGGAAAUCAGAAAUUGAGUACUAUGCUAUGUUGGGGAAGAUUGGGGUUCAUCAUUUCAAUGGAAAUAAUGUGGAUCUUGGAACAGCAUGUGGCAAGUACUACAGAGUUUGUUGCUUAAGCAUCAUUGAUCCAGGUGACUCCGAUAUCAUUAAGAGCCUGCCUGGUGAGAACUGAAAUUCAGUUGAAAGCAGUAAGGUUGUGUUUUGUCUGUUUUGUGGCUUUCGUUUAUUAGGGUUGUAUUAUUGUUAACUUCAUGAAUUGUUAUUGUUUAACUGUGUUUAUGGAACGUCAUUAAAUGGGGACAUCCCAAAGUGCGAUGAAUGCUUCAAUGAGGAUUUUCUAGUGUUUUCAUUGA